UGGCGACCAAGAUCCAGGGAUAUAUAAUAGGAUUACAGGAGUACACGAUUUUGUCUUGAACGUUGUCACUUUCCAAUUCUAAAAAGUCGGGUUGGAAGUGGUUAGGUUCUCACUUGAUCGUGUAGGUUCGGGUUAAAGAUACACUAAGCAAUUGGUGUCUUCUACAUUGUGCCCUUCUUCAAGAACACCAUCAAUCGUGUCUGUUAGUGUCCUGCAAAUUAGGGUUUAUCUUCACUGAAAAAAUUGGGCAUUUUUUCUACUUCUCUCUCAUAUUUUGUUAAAUUCGUACGAUGAAGAACGCUAAUCUCAAGAACAACGAUUCGGGAGAAAGAGGUGGCUUCAAUCCCUAUAACAAAAUGAACAACAACAGUAAGAUUAAGAUGAAGAAAAAUAUGCAGAGAUUGGGAGGCACUGGUCUUUCUCUUGAAGCAUUUGCCAAUGCUAAAUCCAAACAAAAUUCAUAUAAUCCUGCUUUGUUAAAGAAGAAUAGGGAAUUUUACACGAAUGCCAAACAUGUAAGCAAGUACAAGAAAUUGCUGAAGCAACAAAAUCAACCUAAUGAUCAAUCCAUAUCUGUUGAACCUGUUGAGGAGAAUGAUGGUGGUCCUGGUGAGACAAGCAAGGAAGACAAGAAAAACAAAAAGGGAUCAUACAGUUUGCAAGAGUUGUAUGUGAAGAAACAUGAAGAACAGGAGAAAGCAAGGAUGGAAAGGGAAGCCUUCUAUAAAGCAAAAAAGGAAGAAAAGGAAAAGGCUGAAUCCCGCAGGAAAGAUUUACGGGAAAAGAUGUUUAAACGAACACGGAAAGGUCAGCCUGUCAUGAAAUACAGAAUUGAGCACAUUUUGGAGACCUUGCAGGGUUCUACUUCAACAUCAUAGCUCUCUGCUUUUUGAAUGGAGCUUCUAACUGCAAAAAACCGAAUGAUGGAUCAGCUCCUCUGUUCAUUUGAUGUAUCUCUGUGUCUAGAGGGACAUGAUGAUACAAGUCAUUUAAGUUGAUUCUGGGAGAUGUGAUGCUCUGUUGUAGUUAGAUUGUCAGUUCUUGCCCUUGUAAAAUUUUGCUCUAUAAUGCAUAGCAAAUUACACAAUUUUGGACCAAUCUUUAUUCCAUUUUUUUUUUU